ACUCACACGUCUAGUAAAUUACAGUAGACUUCCUUCUCUCCAUUAUGCAUUGUCUAUAAACAAAACGACAUUCCCAAUUUCACGCGUUAACGAAGCAUGUCGUUCAGCUCUGAGUAUCCACCGGCAAUCGGAUCGCUAAGCGAUAAUAUCAUUGGCAAGGUGAUGCAACGCGUCUUACCACCCCAUCGCUACUCUACUAGUUGCAAUCCAAACCAAGCGAAUAAGGCAGAGCAGACAGCACAGAACCGCGAUAUCUCCAGAGUAUGCUCAAGAUUCACGCUUUCAUCAAAUACGCAGACUACGGCAGCGUCCACAUCACUUUGUUCAGACAAAAUUGUCCCGCGAUUCGAAAUCUUGCUACCAAACCGAGAACGUCCCGCUGUUAUACCCAUAACGCACCAUACUGAUGACAGACGUCGAGGUUACGUCUCUCCAGACGAAGUCGAUGAGAAUGAGGCAGCCAUCGAGUCUCGUCGAAAGCGAAUUCGGUUGACUCAAGCACGAUAUCGACAAAAGCUGCUCGACAAGCCGAAGCGACUUGAACUGGCCAUCCAGCAGCUUAAAGAACAAACACAGCAUCUCGAAUAUGAGCGCAACCAGAUCGUGGGCGGAUUAUCGUCCCAAAAAACCGUUUGGAUUGCGGCAGUGGAGUACCUUCGCAUCUUUCAGCGCGGCUGCAAAGCGCCACUAGGAACCAACGUCGUUGACAUGGACAUCUUGAAGGCACUGGUCGCAUCUAAUGUAGCCUUUAGCGGCGGCAUUGGACUGGAUGUGCUGAUACAGCAUUGGCGUGUCUUGACGCAAUACUUCCCAGACAUUUCGAUCCAACUCAAAAGCCUACACCAGAUUACGGACGAGUCGGUAGUAGCAGCCACAACAACCACGAUCACCAUGUCGGAUGCGUCGAUGAAAAGCGCAUUCCCCCAUCUAUUGAAUGGAACGACCGCAAGUCGAAUCGUUACCAAACUGCAAGGCCAGCGGCUGGAGUUGCAAGGAUCAGUACGCUUGUACUGGGACAACGCGAUUAGUCGAGUCGUGAGUAUUCAGGCUCAGGCAGACAUGAUGACACCACUCAUGCAGUUACUGGAAAACGUGGACGAUGUCUCAUUAGUUUUCGCCCACGCUCUCAUUACUCCCGAGUGCAACCUGGAACUAGGGAAUUGAACUUGUCUAUUUAAAUGCGAAAGAUUUCAGCUGUGCACUCUAGGAAGUUACGGCAGUAUCUAUCCUGAUUGAAAUGUCUAAUCCCCGAAUCGGAGGAUGCAUCGAAACUUACGAUACUGAAGGGUUAAACUUGCUUUUACAAUAC